CGUUUCGUAUGCGCGAUUCCGACAUUACUCAGCCACGAAACCAGAGCAGAUGCCGGCGGGUCCAUCCCACACAAGCCAAACUUAGUCCCCGCCUGCCUCUAUCAUCAUCCUCUAUUCCAUUCGUAAGAGAAGACCACAUCCUAAACAACACAUCUUUACCCACAGACGUCUCUCCAACUUCUACGCGAACAGUAUCAUUCAAAUUUUCGACUUUUGUAUAUAAAAUCGUCGGCCGCCCCGUUUGUAUAUAAACUUAUACUGUAUAUAUACAAUAUUUAUGUAUACAUACAGUCGUUACGAGUAUCAAAUGUUUGUAAUAUAAAGACGAAAAUUUAAAUUGUUUAGUUUCGAAGUGUAAAUGUUUAAUUUAUCAUGAAGGAGUUAACGGAAAGUGUGCCUAGUCCGGUUGUGCAUCAAAACAUCAACAUUCAGCAGCAUCUACACCAGCUACAUUUGCACCAGAACCACACCAGUGUGAUUUUGGCCAACGAGCAACCCCAGACGUCGCAGACGCCAGAAACCACUCAACAUGAAGCUGACACUAAACCUACCAGUACAGAUAAAAAGUCCGGGAUACGACGGCAAGAAAAACCACCAUACUCCUACAUAGCGCUCAUAGUUAUGGCUAUUCAACAUUCACCUACAAAACGGCUAACUUUAAGCGAAAUCUACACUUUCUUACAACAAAGGUUCCCGUUCUUUCGAGGCUCGUACCAAGGAUGGAAGAACUCAGUGAGACACAACCUUUCCUUGAACGAGUGCUUUAUCAAACUACCUAAAGGUUUAGGAAGACCAGGAAAAGGACAUUAUUGGACAAUCGACCCUGCUAGUGAAUUCAUGUUCGAAGAAGGCUCUUUCCGACGAAGACCACGAGGAUUUCGAAGAAAAUGCCAAGCUAUGAAACCACAAUACCAUCCAGGUUCGUUCUUCACCAAUAACAUGGCUAACAUCGUCAACCAAGCUACUUCCUACGAUCACCAAUCGCUGAUAACUCAAGAUUACAACACCUGUUCGUAUAAUGGUACUCCUCAGGUUCCUAGUGUUUCGGCGUCGCACUAUGGAAGUUACGAGUACCCAGCUUCGGUGUACCAGCAGCAAUGUGAUAGAGAAUGGAGUGGUGCUACUGGACUAUUGCCUUCGUAUUCUGAUAGUACCAUUUCUAGUACGUAUAUGAAAGCUCCUUUGAGUCCGAUCCAGGACGGGCAAGACGCUCCGUCGCCUGUGUUGAAUGAGAAUUACUACCCCUAUGGUGGAAUCAGCUCGUCGUCUUCAGAAAACAUGAUGAGGCCACCAAGCAACUCAGUGCAGUCAGUGCAAUGUGAUAGAAAACCGUACUUAAGUUCCCCUCCACCGUCGAUUCCAGCAUCUCUUCCCUCCCCUCCUGCAGCUAACACACCUCAUUCGUUUUAUGAGGCCACAGUUAAAUACAGCAUGUGAAUAAAGUGAGAAACAAUAACAAAGAAAGAUAAUAAGUGAGACGUUAAGAAUAGGAAUUAUCUCACAAAGAAACACAGCUACCAGAGAAAUUUUGUGUUAAGACAAUAUUUGACAUGGUUUUAAUAUUAUUGAUCUUGUGUACAUAGUUUUUCUUCAGUUUCGUCUUCGAUAGUAAGUAUAUGUGUUACAGUUCAAGUUGAUUAUCCAGUUGGAGUUGACUCCAACUAGUUGGAGUCAACUCUAACGGCUGGUUUCAGUAAAAGUUGAUUAUAAAUAUAAAAUGAAGAUUUAUAUUCAACAUGUACUAGUAAAAGUAGACUCCAACUAGGAAAAGUAUAGUCUUCCUAAUGCCAUUUAGUAAAAGUUGAUUCUGAUUCACACAAACAGCCGAUUCUAGCAAUUAAAUGUUACUGAAUAUGUUCAAAUUAGUCUAAGCUGUAUCGUCGCCCCCGUUAGGUAAAUUACUCCGAUUCGAAUUUUUUGCACAAACUUACUCAAAAAGAGGUCCUUAUAACAAAUCUACUGGGUGUCAGGCAGUACCUUGAUCGAUAAAUUGUUUAAACAAUUUUUUUUAGACAAAUUCACAAAAAUAAUUUUUUCACUUCGAACAAUUUUUUUUAGAUCAUUUGGGUUAUUCUGAGCAAAAAAGGUAUUUUGUGAUUUUUCUCUAAAAUUGAUUGUUGUCGAGUUAUACGCGAUUUAAAAUUUGAAAAAUGCGAAAAUAGCCAUUUUCAAGGCUUAAUAACUCGGUUAAAAUCCAUUAUUAUGAAAGUCAGAAAGUGACCAAAUCAAAGUUUAUAGCCCCCUCUACAAGAUCCAGCAGAAAUUUUUAUCACUAUUUUAUUACUAAGCUUUAUCUUUAAUUAUUAACAAUGAGCGCUAAGUGCGUAUUAGGCGGCCGUCAAUGGUGAGUGCUAAAGAGAUGCACCAUUCCAGCCGUCCAAUGGUGAAUCUCACUCGCACUUACAUUGACGGCCGCCUCAAUACACGGUUAGCGCUCAUUAUUGAUAAUUAAAAAUAAUAUCUUAUUAAUGAAAUAAUGACAAAAAUUUCUUCAGGAUCUUAGAGGUAGUUUUAUUCUUUGAUUUUUUUUAGUUUCUGACUUUCAUAAUAUAUAAUAUCGUAUGCCAUUUUUGCCUUUCGGACAGUUCCGGCGCCAAUUACAUCUUUAACCCUGUUUCAAGUAACUAGUGUCGAUGUACAUUAGCCCAGGGGGACCGACUGCUUAACGUGCUCUCCGAGGCACGGUGAGACGGCUCGUGUCAUUAUUGAAAAUGAAAAUGGUUUGUCUUUAGCAGGGCUCGAACCCACGUGCACUGGCGUAUGAGGCCAGCGAUUAUGCCGUUACUCCACGGCCGCUCGCUCGACUUUCACAAUAAUUAUCUUUAACCGAGUUAUUAAACCUAGAAAAUGGUUAUUUUGGCGUUUUUAAAAUUUUAAGUCGCUAAUAACUCGAUAACAGUCAAUUUUGAAGAAAAAAAGGCCCAACGGAUCAAAAAAAAAUUUGUACGAAGUGAAAAAAUUAUGUAUUUUUGCGAAUUUGUUUAAAAUCAUUGUUUAUCGCCAAACUUCACUAAAAUCAUUUAUUAUUGUACUCAUUUGCCCUCAUUUUCGGCAGUAAAGUAACACUUUGUUGUAUUGAAAGAAGAAUGUUACUUUACCUGCCGCGAUAAUUAAUCAAAUUAACCGAGAUUGAAUGUAAGUGGUCAAUGGCAGCAAUCGAUUAUUUAUUAGAGUGAAAUUAAAAUUUAUUUACUUUAAUUAUUAAAAAUAUUGUACAAAAUUGAUCUUAUUAUUAAUAAAAUUUAUGUCAAAAAGUAAAAUUCUGUAGUGUUUCGCAAUUAUAUUCAUACAAAAUAAAUCAAAACUUUACAGAUUUAGUAAUUAGGUAGGUAUACAAUAUUGAUAUAACUAUCGAUUAAACAUCAAAACCGGCCAUCAUGCAAAAGUCAUCUGUCAUUACUGUCAUACGAGAUUUUUAUUUCGUCUAAAAUUAAAAAAAAUUCCUCAAAGUUGUAAGUAUAAGUGUUAAUGUUUUUUAUGAUUGACGAUACAAUUUUGUACGCACCACCUCAAUAUUCUUUAUCGAACGCGUCUGUUUCUCUGCUCGUAAUAUCAGACUCGUUCGAUAAAGAGUCACUUUACUGACUGACUUUACUGAAAUUGGUUAAACAAUUUUUCGACCGCGGUACCGCGUGUGUACCACUCUGUGUAUUUGUUAUAAGGAUUGUUAUACGGAUGAAUUUCUUUGAGCAAGUUUGUGGAAAAAAUCGAAUCAGAAUAAUUUACCUAACGGGGGCGACGUUACAGACUAUACUAAUAAGUAGUUGAAACGGCCAAAACAAAGAAACGCACACUCAUCAAAAAUGCACUUGAGAUUCUCGUAUAAUCAACAUUUACUGAAUCGAUCCAGGAAAAGUCAACUCCAACUAGUAAAAGUUGAUUUACAUUUUUAAAAUCAACUUUUACUGCUCGUUUCAAUUGGAGUUGACUCCAACUAGUUGGAGUCAACUCUAACUGAGAAUCAACUUGAACUGUAACAUAUGCAGUAGCUGAUAAGAUGCUCGUUUUUGGCAGAAGUUAACUAGUUACUAAGUUACAGGUUUUCUUGCCUCGAUUCUUUCACAAAUUCUGUAAAAUACAAUAAUCACUUCUUCAUAUUUUGAAGAGGGGGUCUUCAUAAUAAUAUAUCUUCCAUUCUUCCUGCUUUUUACUUUCUUUUUCUUGCUUAGGGUCUCACAAGGUACCUUUUCAUGUGCUCAAAUUCUUUUGAUUUAUAUUUAUUUAUAUCUUGUUUCAUAGAUUGUUGUUCCAAAUAUUGUACUUUUUUGUAAUAAUAAUCAAACGGUAUUAAAUUGGGAUUAUCAGGAGUAUGCUAACAGUUAUUACUUUUACUACAACCAUUACCGUGAAAAUGUUUUGAUUAAUGUUCUUUCUUCAUUUUUUAUCUUUUCUCAGUUGUGAAAUCGCCACAUUGUCGCAGGCUUCUUUUAUAUGUAGGUAUACAUGUGGAAAUUUUUGUACUAUUUUUUCCAUGACAGUCUAUUUUCUACUAAAUUACAAUGAAAUAGCAUAGCAUAGUGAAAGAUAUUCUACAAUACAACAAAAAAGUUAUGACACUAUACAAAUCUACAGACAAUUAUAAACAAUUUAUAUUUUUGUUUAUUGUUUAAGGAUGUUAUAUAGUUUUGUAAGGAGAUGAAAGAAAUUUGUGCUGUUUAAUAUAUUUUCGAAAUAUUUUAUAAAAACACAAAUUUUAAAAGUUUUGACAUGAAUUGAAAGUGCCGCUAUUACAGAUAUCUUUGACAUAUUUACAUGUUUACUCUUUAUUGUCAAGCUUUUCGAGAUAUUUGUUGAAAACCAAAAUCCUUUUUGACUAAUUUUUUAAUAUACACGGAACAUAUUUCAUUUUGUAUCCCAUUUUAAUUAUUGUUUCAAACAUCUUUUAAGAGUAAAUCUUAAUCUUUUAAAGUUGUAAAAUAAAAUCUUCGAUUUGAAUCGACCACUCAAUUUAUGAUUUAUUUUGCUUUCUUUUUCUUCUAGUUCCAUCUCCUAUCGAAAGCUGGAAAUCAUCAUGGCAAUGCAGACCCUGUUGACUGCCGCUCUAAAUAGCUAUGCACUGCUGCAUUAGAACCAUUCCCGUAAGUUCUUAAGCCAGGAUAUUCUUCGUGUUCCCACAUUUCGCUUUCUUCGAAUUUUUCCUCUUAUAAUAAGUAUUUUUGCCCUAUCAUAAUUAAUUUUGCUAUAGAAAACAAAUUAUUGUUCGUCCGCUAUAACUUUUCCCAUGUGUCACGAUUUAUUUUCAAACAAAUUAAGUCAAAACAUAAAGUGAAACGUACGCCGAUGUGUGUAUUAUAUAGUAUACAGUAUACAAAAUGUAUAUACACAUCGACGUUCGUUUCACUUUAUGUUUUGAGUUAAUUUGUUUGAAAAUGAAUCGUGACGUAUGGGAAAAGUUAUAGCGGACGAACAAUAUCUUACAACUUUCUUUAUAAAAUCUAAUAGGAUUUGUUUCGUAGAAGAUGGUCAUAGAGGUGGUCCACUGUCGAUCUUGCGGUUCUAACACCUGCUUGCUUUUCUGCUUCUAUCAUCUUUGUACUUUUUUUCUAUUAUAUUUUUCAGUAUUGUCCCAUAACUCCUAUAUAUCCGACUCAAUGAGCUAUGCCCUGAUAAUUUUCACAGUUUUCUUUGCUGCCCUUUUAUGCACUGUUAAAAUGUUCAUAUACUUAUAAGACUCUCUCCACUCUGGCUUUUCCAGCUAUAUAAAAAAUAUGAUCUAUUGUGAACUGCGUUAGUUGUGUGCCUCUUUUCCAUGGGUUUAUUUUAUCCUAUACUUUAUUUCACGUUAAGAAUAGAACGUUACGCUUAUGGAGAUCAGUGUUGACAAACCUCUUGGGCACGGGUGGCUACUCGACUGCCGAUAUACGAUUCCUUUUAAUCAGUACGGCGUGCCAUCGGCGCGUUUCUAUUGUUCAUAAGAAAUGCAUGGGGUUAUCUUCACAAUGUUCUAUUCUUAACGUGAAAUAAAGAUAGUUGAAAAUGAUGAGUGAUACUGAGAAUGCUUUAAUUUUCUGUUUUAGUUUUAAAAAUAGGGCAUCUAUUACUUGAUUUGAUGGUAAAAUGAUCGAAUACUAUGUUUCAAGUUUCAACCAACAGAUCAACUCAUCGUAUUUGAAAUAUUUUGAUACAAGCAGUUACCAAAAUAUUGCAGUAGUUACCAAUGUAAAGAAAACCAAAGAUUUUAUCUAAUUUGUUAGUUUUCAAUUUAGAUUUUGAACAUUUAUUCAAUUGAACGAUUCUAUCAUUGUUCAGUUUAAGUACAGUCGGAAAAAUGAAAGAAUACCCAUGAACGAUCACAUCAAUCACAUAUUUUGUAUUUGCUGUCUUUUUUCCAUAAAUAACAAACGAGAGAGAUAAAUUAUUAAUAAUCUGAAUAAUAUGUGAUCUAUGUGAUCGUUCAUGGGUAUUCUUUCAUGUUUCCGACUGUAUGUAUGUGUAUAUACAUAUUGCCAUGACAAAUUACUAAUUAUAAACAAAGGUGAAUGAACUAAAAUCAUACAGGUCAGAGUCUAGGAUCAUUAUGGUUUGAUAUUAUAUGAAAUGGAAGUUGAUGGUUAGAUUGGGGAAUUCUAAGAAACUUUCCUUGCUGAUUAACGUAUGCUGAUGAUGUGAUGGUCGUCGAAAAUACUAAAAGGGAAUUACAACAACGCUACUCAAAGAGUUGUAUUAAGUAACAUUUUAGAUAUCUAGGAUCAAUUUCGAAAAACAAUGGAAAAAUAUAUAGAUAUGCGUUCAGUAGAGAUAGUAAGUUGGAAUAAAUGGAACGAAAUGUAUUUAAAGCUGUGAUGUAGGUACGGUACUGAAUAUUAGAUAGUUCAAAAUAAAAAAACACAUUAUUCUUGCAUAAUAAGGAUGAAUGGAGUGCCUAAAAAAAAGCAAAAUGAAUAUCUAAGAGUAGGCUACAUGUAUGACACUAUUGGUGCAGAAGUCAAAGGACAUUGGUCAUCAUAAUGUUCCGAGCACGUUCAAAUCUGAAAUGAUCAAUCAGUACAAAAAAAUCGAUGAGAAGAAUAAGAGAAAAACCUAUAAGUCAAAUAGUUGAUAGAUUCCACUGAUACUUGAUAAAUAUUCAAUUUAGAAGUAAAUCAGUAUAACCAUGUUUUUUAUAUAUUAAAUAGUUAUCAUGCAUAAUUUGUUUAUGGUUAGAAAUUUGUCACAUGGAUAUCUGAUAAGUAUGUACAUUAAUUUACCUAUGAACAGCUGGAAUUACCAAAUUUAUAUUGUGUAUAUAUAUUUUAAAAUAUAAGUAGUUAUUGUAAUUAUUUUAGAUCUGUUAUAAAUUGUAAACAAUAAAAGAACCGUGAAUUUUA